AUGAAAGAGUCGUCGGAUGAAGAUUUCGCUUACGCGAUGACUCCGUUGAAGAUCAUGUCGUGGCCUGUAGGAACCUGGCCUCUUCAAGUGUACGAUAUCUUCUCUGCUAUACGUGCCAUAAUCGCGAUUUUACUUCUGCUACUCAUGCUGAUCAUCGUGCAAAUGGAGUUGUAUUUAGACAGUAGCGACGCCAAGAAGAAUCUAGACGCUCUACUAUUAAGUACCUGCGGCAUUUUGGCGUUAUCAAAGAUCAUACGUUUUCGUAUUCAGCCUGAUGGCCUUGUUUCGAAUUUUAUCUCGGCGAUUAAAGAUUAUAACGAACUGAAAGAUCAAGAGAAACGAGUGAUAAUGCGAAGGCACGCUUAUAUGGGUAGACUGGUGUCUGCUAGUGUGAUAUUUUCUUCGUGCAUCGGCUCGACUCUUUACUUGACUAUCCCUAUGCUGUCUGGAGAUGAAGAAAUACAUAUAGUUAACGUAACGAAAAAAAGUAUGACGGAUUACCCUAUCCCUUCCGAAUGUGUAAUAGCCGUUAUACAAUUGCCGGAUAAUUUGUUCUUUAUGAUUUUUAUCAUACAGUACUUGAUGAUGUUAUUCACGAGCACUGGAAAUCUAGGUAGCGAUACGUUGUUCUUCGGUAUUAUUUUUCACCUGUGCGGACAGGUAGAAAUUCUGAAAUUGGAGUUCAAUAGACUAGGUAACAAGAACGAAAGAACAAUGGAACGUUUCAUCGUGUUAAUCAAGAGGCACAUUUACUUAUUGAAUCUAACCCAGAUGUUGAACGAUACAAUUAGCUCUAUCUUGGUUAUGCAACUACUUUCCAGUUGUGUACUUAUUUGUACAACCGGAUUUCAACUUAUUCUCGAUCUGAGCACCGGAAACAUAGUGAUGACGGUGAAAGGAUUUAUAGUUCUGAACGCUAUGUUAGUGCAACUAUUUGCAUACAGUUAUGUGGGCGAUUAUUUAACGCGCCAAAUGAAAGAUAUCAGUGACUCUAUGUAUUUCUGCAACUGGUAUGAUGUAUCGAAAAGUAUGGCAAAAGAUAUUAUUUAUGUUAUUAUGAGAGCUCAAUAUCCAGUGUUCUUGAAGGCUGGCAAUUUCUUUAUCGUCAAUAUGGAAACGUAUAUGAGUAUUCUGAAAACUUCUAUGUCGUAUCUUUCAGUUCUUCGAGUAAUGGUAAAUGCUUGAAGUGGUAUGAACCUAAUAAAGUACAAUGAAAUAUAAAAUAUUUUCCUUCUGGUGUUUUAAUAGUCAUUUCGUAUACUCGAAAUCAAAUCAUUUUGGAAUCGAAUGUGCGCAGUAGAUCGUCUCAGUAGACUGUUAGGGUCAAUGAUCCACGCAAUUUUCGAUAGAUGUUAUUGCAGCAUCGUUUGUUUAUAGCCACUGACCAGGAACAGGAUAGACGUUACAUUACAUGGUUGUUUG